CAUUCUCAUGAUCUUCAUCCUUUUCCAACUUCACUUUGGAAACCUGUUAGCAACAAAACUGUUAAUUGGAGUGGUUUUAGUUGUAAGAAUUUUGAGUGUUUGAAUGGUAAGAAAUUGAAUAGGGGUUGCAUGCAUUGCUUUGAUUUGGUUAAUGGUUAUGAGAAUCAAAGGUUUGUUAAGUCUAGAAGUAAGAAUGAUUUUCUUGUUGCUGAUGUUUUGGCAUUAGGAAAUGGUGGAAUUAGAAUAGGAUUUGAUAUUGGAAUUGGUUCUGGAUCUUUUGCUGCUGUAAUGGCUGAAAGGAAUGUUACAAUUGUUACUAGUACUCUUAAUAUUGAUGCUCCUUUCAAUGAAUUUAUAGCUGCAGGAGGACUUUUUCCUCUUUUCUUAAGCUUGGAUCAUAGGUUUCCUUUUUAUGAUAAUGUGUUUGAUUUGGUUCGUGCUACAAAUACCUUGGAUGAUGAUGUUGGUAAGAAACAAGAGAAGUUGGAGUUUUUAAUGUUUGACGUCGAUCGAAUUUUUAAUGUGCUGAAACAGAUAGAGAUGCUCACAAAAUAGAAUUCACAUAUUGCUACGAGGUAGUAUUGAUCUAAACUUUUAUAUGAUCAUUUGUAGAUCUAAUUGUCCUUGGACCCUGAACAAAUAUGAUAGAUUAAUUGAUACUUAACAAGUUAAAUUACCAUUGCUUUUGUACCUUGUUAUUUUGCUAUUAAAAUGGAUAUCGUAAGUUUGUUUAUUUGUUCUU